AUGUUGAUCCCCGCGCUCUCCUUCCGGUCGCUGAGCUCCGUGACGGACGCAACGGACGCGCUACUGCGCCGUCUCAGCACAUUGGGACUCGUCUACGCGUCUCUGCCGCAUCAGCUGCUGCUCGAAGGGGCGCCACUCGCUCCGCCCGACCGCAACGCAGUGCACUCGAAGGCGCUCAAGACGACUGUGCUGGCCACUCGCACUCUAUUAGGUCCGUUUUCACUCGAGAUGGUCGACGCAAUGGUCUCGUGGCUGGAUCAGGGACUGUCUCAGGUGCUAAUGGACGCUGCGUCGAGCGAAGACGCCGAACUCGAGCGCGUCGCUGUCGCUGUGUCGGAGCUGCCCGUCGCGCGAGUGGUCCUGCGCGUGCCGCUGGCGUCGCUGCGCACUGAGACCGUUGCGCACGUUGCAGCAAAGAUCGAGCGCUUGAGUCGUGUGGCCAGUGGGGUGGUACUUGCGCUCGACGCGGCCACGUGGACGCUCGAACGCGACGGAAUCGACGCGCUGGUGGCGUGUUUGCAGACGCUGAGGACGAGCGUAGAGGACACGUUCUUGUUGGCUGUCGAGGUCAGCACUGGACUGCUGGCCGCUGGAAGUGCAGAGAAGACGUUGGCGACGAUUCAACGUCUUCAUCACUGCAACGUCCACGUCGUGGCCCCGGGGUAUUGCCACGGGGAAGCAGAGGAGACGAAAGACGUGGUCGAGACCACUGGCGGAGCAGUGGUGGAUGCUGCAUUGGCAUUCGUCGCGUGUUUACGGACUGACCGUCCGGAUGGCCUGUUUGCAACGGUCGUCGCGGACGAAGCUGGCGUUGCGCUCGGACUCGUGUACUCGAGUGCAGAGAGUAUCGUGGCUGCUGUGUCGAGUGGACGUGGCGUCUACUACUCGCGGUCGCGCGGGGGUCUGUGGAAAAAAGGAGAGAGCAGCGGCCACACGCAGCAGCUGAUUCGUAUCGAUGUGGACUGCGACAGCGACGCGCUGCGCUUCACGGUGCGCCAGACGGGCGCGGGCUUUUGUCACCUGAACACCCGCUCGUGCUGGGGUCACGAUCGCGGCCUUCGUGCACUGGAGAGCAUGUUGUGCAGCCGCCACGAACACGCGCCGCCUGGGUCGUACACGAAGCGGCUGUUCGACGAUACUGAGCUGCUGCGCAACAAACUCGUCGAGGAGGCACAAGAACUCGCAGAAGCCGAGUCGAUCUCGGACGUAGCAGGCGAAGCCGCAGACCUGAUGUACUUUGCGAUGGUGCGCUGUGUGGCUGCUGGCUGCAAGCUCAGCGACGUCGAGAAAAUGCUCGACAAGCGCGCGUUAAAGGUGAAGCGACGACCUGGGAACUCGAAAGCGCACCGCAUCGCGGCUGCCAACGAGAUCUUGCAUGGCAAAGCGCUGCCCGACGACGACUCGAGCAGUGCAACGUCAGCGAAGAGCGACCAGAGCUAG